GCGAAACCCUCUCAUGUGCAGAGUUCAGACGUCGUAGUCGCAGCAGCGAAACCCCAAAUCGCAAGUUCGCAACUCAGCACUGCUCGAGCUCGGUGGCCUGCGACGGUGAGGUCGUGCGUACGUGCUCGAUCCGCCCGACGAUGGCCUGGCCCCGCUCCGCCGUCCUCCUGCUCGCAGCCUCCUGCGCGGUCCUGCUCGCAGCCUCCUGUGCCGUCCUCCUCGCGGCCCCGGCGUGGCCGUCGCACUCGCGGCCGGCGGCGGUGUACGGCGUCGGCGACCAGACGGGGUGGGCGGUGCCCCCGGGCAGCGCCCCCGUUGCGCUCAACGAGUGGGCCGCGAGGCACCGGUUCCUUGUCGGCGACGUCCUGGAUUUCAAGUACGCCGGCGACGACUCGGUGCUCCUGGUGCGCUUGGGCGACUACGAGCGGUGCAGCGCGGCGAGCCCCCUGCGUCGGUUCGCGGACGGCGGCGGCGUCGGCGGCGGCACCAGGUUCGCGCUCGCCCGCCCCGGGCUCUUCUACUUCAUCAGCGGCGCGCCGGCGCGCUGCGAGGCGGGCCAGCGCAUGGUCGUGCGCGUCGUGGACGCGCACGCACGCCCCUCCCUCAUCAGAGCCUCCCCGACGCCGGCUCCGGCGCCGGCCACGGGGACCCAGCCCUCCGGCGACACGCCGCCGUCCGGGCACCGUCGGCUCUCCCUCGCGCAGAAGCAGUUGGCGGCGGCGGCGAUUGGGUUCGGGGCCGGAUUUAUUUUGAUCUUCUCUAUCGUAUGGCUCUGUAUAUGUUGCAACAACAAAUAGAACUUUAUCCCUGUCUUUAAUUUUGUGCUUUUGGUACCUGCUGUUUGUUUAAGACCUGGGAUGAGUUCUCUGAAAUUCAUCUAUUCAUUUCUCC